UUUGUAAUGAUAUUCCUCGCAUUAGCGUCCAGUACAAGCUAGUCCCAGUCCAAUACCGAGAAUACGAAUAUGGUCUAUUAUUUCAUGGCUGUGGUUAUUAAUUGGUAAAAUGACUUCGUGCCGUUUAUUUGGGUCUGUAAUUACACUCUACGAUUAUAAACCGUCGGUAGUCGUACCCUGAGAUCCAGUACCUCUGUGAUUAAACAAAUAUAUCACACUCCCACCUCACCGUUGGCCAAUUUCGUAAAUCUGGCGGUCAUAUGAUUACAGUCUGAAUUUGAUCUCACGCACUUAGUCCCAAUGUCAUUAAAUAGCAGGUAAUGAAAACUGAACGAACCUCUCUCUUCCUUAAACCUCUCCAGGAACGUUUUCUGGGUGGAUCUUCUCUUGGCGAUGUUCAGUCGAUGCAUCCCAGCUGUAUUUCUGGAGUUGAUGACAUGAUUCAACUUGGGGAGCUCAGUGAAGCUGGAAUAUUGAGAAAUCUGCUAAUCAGAUAUUACAGCCACAAAAUCUACACACAUAUAGGUAUGGUGCUGGUAGCAGUAAACCCUUAUGAGUUGUAUCCAAUCUACGGUACAGAGCACAUAGACAAGUACAGUCAACAAACAGAUAUGACCCUGCUACCUCCACAUAUAUUCUCGACAGCACAGUAUGCGUUCACUUCUAUGAAAAGACGACUCCAAAACCAGAGUAUUAUAAUCAGUGGUGAAAGUGGCGCAGGAAAAACAGAAUCUACCAAGCUGAUUUUGCGAUAUCUGACAGCAGUAGGCGGGCAGCACACCACACUGGAUCAACGGAUUCUGGACGCAAAUCCAAUUUUAGAAGCCUUUGGCAAUGCAAAGACCGUAAGAAAUGACAACUCCAGUCGAUUUGGGAAAUACAUCAACAUCUACUUUAACAGACAUGCCAUUAUUGAAGGAGCUAGAAUUGAGCAGUACCUCUUGGAGAAGUCAAGAAUUGUGUACCAGAUGCCUGAAGAACGUAACUAUCACAUAUUUUAUCGUUUGCUCGCCGGGCUGACAGACAAGGACAAGAGUAGCCUCCAUCUCACGGAGGCAAAAGAUUAUCACUACCUCUCCCAAGGGAACUGUUAUGUUUGCGAGGGAAUGGACGAUAAAGAAGCGUUCGCUAACAUUCUAAGAGCAAUGAAGGUGUUGAUGUUUUCUGAAGAGGAUUGCUGGAUUAUUUUUACUCUCUUGGCAGCCAUCCUUCACCUCGGCAAUUUGCGCUUUCAAGCUUUGAUUCAGGACAACAUGGAGGCCUGUGCGAUUUUAAAUAAUGACACAGUUGACUCAAUAGCGCAUUUAUUACAGAUUCCUUCUGAAAGGAUUCACGAAGCGUUCACAAGCAAGUCGACUUAUGCCUCUGGCGAGUUGAUCUACUCUCCUAUCGCAGAGGAAAGCGCAAGACACAUCAGGGAUGCAUUUGUUAAAGGAAUUUAUGGAAGACUAUUCAUCUGGAUUGUCAGCAAAAUUAACUUGUCUAUAAGUAAACCUGCGGUUGACUCAGAGGGUUGCGUUUCCCUUGGUGUUCUGGAUAUUUUUGGCUUUGAAAACUUUGACAUUAAUAGUUUUGAACAGCUGUGCAUCAACUAUGCAAACGAGAAACUCCACAGUUUCUUUGUUGAUCACGUGUUUAAGAUGGAACAGGCUGAAUAUAGUCGCGAGGGCCUGGAUUGGAGCCCGGUCGCUUUUAUUGACAACCAAGAAGUUGUAGACACUUUGGCAAAAAAACCAAUGAACUGCUUCGCCCUGAUGGACGAGGAGAGCAGAUUUCCUCAGGGAAGCGACGAAUCGUUUUUGCAGAAAAUUAACUCCCAGCACGGUAGCAGCAGUUGUUUUGUGAAGUCCAAAUCACUUUCCAGGGCAUCGUUUGGAGUGGUGCACUUUGCAGGAACAAUUGAGUACGAUGUCAGAGGAAUACUCGACAAGAAUAGAGACACUUUCAGCGCCGACCUUGUGGGAUUAGUGUGCGAAAGUAACAUGGAGUUUCUUUUCAAUUUGUUUGCUAAGGAGAUGUCCAUGGUAAGUUGAGAGGGUAUUUACGUAUAACGUCUUUAACAUAAACACCUCCAUCACAACGUGUUAACCUCCUACAUACUUCAAGAGCCAUUUAAUUUGCGCGGUUGCGCCCAUACCAAAAAAUUAUAAGCGUGGUUCAGAUGCUUCGUUUUUCUCUAAAGUGCGAAAUUGUUGCUGUUAAUUCCGGGGGAGAAAAAGCUUCCUGGCUCCUCACUCGUCAGCAAUUCUCCAAAACUAUAAAGCAAGACACACUUUUACCAUUUGCAAGACGAUCAAGUUCAAUAAAAGUGGUGUAACAAAUGUUCAAGUUUUUCGAUGGGUUGGGUCGGGCUAUUAGGGAAAAUAUUUCGCUCUGAGCCAGUAUCAUUGCACGUAAGUGUGUCACUGAGAAUCGAUCCACCCACUAUGACCGCGAGCCUUUCUUCGACUGACGAACAUUUCGAACCCCAAGCCCAAAUUCCCCGGGAAACUUAAGUAUAUAUUUAACAAAUAAAGAAGCCGCAGCCGCAGCCGCA